CAAAUCAGCUUUAACCUCACCAAAAUUGUGUUCCCUAAAUCCUUGGUUUAUUUGCCAUCUCGUUUUGGGGCAGCAAGACAAGCCAUUUUUGUAUUAUCCAAAAGCUCAACAUCAUUCUUUGCGACGAUGAACCGGCCAAAUCGGCCUCGAAAUCGGCAACCUCGCCCCCCACGUCAACAGCAGAAUAACCAACGAGGAGGCUCAUCACGGCCAUCUCGCGCACCUGCAACACCACAGCAAGCAUCAGGCACAAUCCCAACAAUACAACAAGUCAUCCCUGGAGCUUCAGUAUUCAUCAUUCUGAAAGAAGACCAGCCCACAGGAGAAGAGACAAAAGGAAUAGUGCAGGAUAUCCUCACGCGGGGCAAUCAUCCACGAGGUAUCAAAGUGCGACUACAGGAUGGUCAGGUGGGCCGAGUACAGAGAAUGGGCAACACUACUGCAGCAACGGGAGAGACAGGAAGUCAAACGCAGUCAACAAGAUUUACUAUGCGAUACACGGAUGUGAGGCGAGACGACGAGUUUGCUACUGGGCUUCCACCAAGGAGUUUGGCAGAUUUCAUACCGGAUUUUGAUGAGGGUUUAGGGAGUGCGCCGAGCGCUGUUGUUGAGACGGUCAAGUGCCCGUUUUGUGAAGGGUUUGAAGGAGAUGAGGCUGCUGUCACACAUCAUAUUGAUCGCGAACAUAUAUCGUAGUUGGAUGUUUGAGCUUGGGCGAAUAAAGUCUGAACUGGUGUUUGAAUAUGGAUUGGCACAUAUCAAGCGGAUGAGGAUAUGGUUUGCCUGGAUAAGAAAUUGUGUACCUUGAAAUAGUGUCUUAGGAUUCAGGUUAAAUAAAUAGCAUGUAAUUUACUAACUAUGAUCUGGA